AUGAGCCCGCCUGCGCCGCUGGAUGUUGAUUUGGUGGGGGUUACUGAUACCUCGGCUGUGACCAUUCCGGACCCGUUGACUGUCAAUGGUGUCUCAGGAUGGCGCGAGAAGACGGCGAAGAUGCCCACUGGGGUUGCUGCAUCGUCCAGCAGUGAUAUGUUCAAGAGUCCGGCCUGCUAUACCAAGCCCAAAGCAAAGCGGUUCGAUCACCUACUGUCUGUUGAGGCCAAGUCUCGCCAGGCCUCCACUUUGAAGACAGCUGCUCAAUACCUUAAGAACCCAGGGAUUAUCUCUCUUGGUGGUGGUCUGCCCUCUGCCGACUACUUCCCCUUUGAACAUAUCGACAUCAAGGUCCCCAAUCCACCCGGAUUCUCCCCGGAAGCUACACGAGAGUCCGGUUCAGUUGUGCGCGCUGGAAAGCAUGAUAUAAAGGAUGGCACAAGUCUUUAUGAUCUUGAAAUUGCGCUUAACUAUGGCCAGGCUACUGGUGCUGCUCAACUACUCCGAUUCAUCACCGAGCACACAGAGAUCAUUCACAACCCCCCGUAUUCUGACUGGCAAUGUACGAUGACUGCCGGCAGCACUUAUGCUUGGGACACAGCCCUUCGACUCCUGACCGAGCGUGGUGAUUAUAUUCUCAUGGAAGAGUAUACAUUUGCCAGUGCUGCCGAAACCGCCUUCCCUCUUGGUCUGAAGGCCGUCGGUAUUCCCAUUGACGAACAGGGUCUUAUCCCCGAGGCCAUGGAUGAGAUCCUUAGCAACUGGGACGAGAACGCUCGCGGCGCGCGCAAGCCUUUCGUCUUGUACACCAUUCCCACCGGUCAAAACCCUACCGGUGCCACUCAGUCGGCUGACCGCCGCAAGGCUGUCUAUAAGGUUGCUCAGAAGCACGAUAUCUACAUCGUCGAGGAUGAACCCUACUAUUUCCUCCAGAUGCAGCCUUAUGUCGGACAGGGCGCCGCUGCACCUCCCCCUCCCGCUAACCACGAAGAGUUCAUCAAGGCUCUUGUUCCCUCUUUCUUGAGCAUUGAUGUUGACGGUCGCGUGUGCCGAUUGGAGUCUUUCUCAAAGGUGAUCGCUCCUGGCUCCCGAGUUGGAUGGAUCGUUGCUUCCGAGCAGAUGGUUGAACGCUUCAUUCGCAACUUCGAGGUCUCCUCUCAGAACCCUAGUGGUAUCUCCCAGAUCGUCCUGUUCAAGCUCCUGGAUGAGCACUGGGGUCACUCCGGAUACUUGGACUGGCUUAUCAACCUGCGCUUGCAAUACACCGACCGUCGCGAUGCGCUGAUGCACUCUUGUGAAAAGCAUCUGCCUACCGAGAUCGCCCACUGGGUACCUCCCACGGCAGGCAUGUUCCACUGGAUUGAGAUCGAUUGGCGCAAGCACCCUGGCGUUGCCGCCGGAAAGACUCGCGAGGCUAUUGAGGAGGAGAUCUUCUUGUCUGCUGUAGAGCACCAGGUCCUCUUGUCGCGCGGCAGUUGGUUCAAGGCUGACAAGUCAGCUGUUAUGGAGAAGAUGUUUUUCCGUGCCACUUACGCUGCUGCGUCAUCGGAGAAGAUUGACGAGGCUAUCGCUCGAUUUGCUAAGUGCCUUCGUGACCAGUUCGGUCUGUAA